AUGUAUGGCAUAGUUGAAUUUACUAUUUUAGCAGUGAUGAGCUAUGACCGAUAUGUUGCUAUUUGUCACCCACUACACUAUCACCUCCUCAUGUCUCCUAGAAAGGAAUCUCAAAUCAAAGCUCUUCAAACAUGCGCCCCACACUUAGUGACUGUGAUUAACUAUACUGUGGGAGUCUUAUUUGAACUCAUCCAGAGUUCGUUUAACAUGAGUAAUGUACCAAAUAAAGCUCGCAUAUUCUUGUCCGUUUACUUUCUGAUAAUCCCCCCAUUGUUUAACCCUGUAAUUUAUGGAAUCAGCAUUCAAGCUAUUAGAGUUCAUGUUUUAAACCUGCUUAAUUGUAAGAAAAAGUAA